AUGGAGAAGAUCUCUGAGAACUGGACGCCCACCAACGUCACCACGACCUUCAAGCUUUCCACCACUACUCUGCCUGACGGUGGCCAUCGUCCGACGUCAGUUGGACCCAAUGUCGUCACAAGUAUCUGUGGAUUUGGUUGGCGCUUCCUGGUCCGGGCAGAGGAGCUUCCCAGACUGACCAUGGUCGACAACGCGGGGGAGAGCGUCAUUUCUUAUCAAGUGACCAUCCUUUUCGAUCCAUAUCUGGUUGCCUCAGGAAGAUAUGGGACGGUAUUGUUGCGGACGACUGUUAUCCGUCUCCUGCCAUCCGCACGAACGCCUCAAUCGGAACAGAUCCAAUAUGUCCUUCCAUCGUCGACCGUUAGCGAGUUGGGCCAGUAUAUAUACCCCAGCAAAGCCCGAGCACCAAGCAUUAUUUCCGUGUCACUUACAUUUCCUGCAUCCCUUGGCCUUACGCUUCCACGAACCUUAACUUGGAAGAUGGAGGAGACUUUGGAGUCGACGUUGGAUGGGAAAGAGAUGGUCGAUGUCAAGUUUUAUGCGUUCAGUCGAUGGAAACUUAAUGCGGACGACAAGGGGGUCAUCUCUCACCCGUUGCCGUUGUUUGCCAACCUGCGCCUGCUGGAAGGGUUUUCAGAUGAUCUUGACUCGUUGCUCAAAGGAGAAGGCUUUUUGGAGGCCGCAAUGACUGUGGACUUUGAUUCAUACGAGCCCGAGGACCAGGAAAUCGAUAGCACCGGCUAUGGGUAUGAGUCAGACAGCGACUUGGAAUCCGACACUAGCUCCGAAGCAAACACUUCUGUAACUCGCCACAGAAUUCGUAACGACUUGAAGGCAACGAGCGGCACCGAUACCGAGGGCAAAAGCGGUCCAGGUGACAUUGACGCCACCUUACCUUUGCAUAAAUCUCCUCCACGAAAUGGUCGGGUAGUCGUGCUCAAAGGCACGGCAUACAAAACAUGGAAGGCGCUCCUCAGCUAUCUGUACACAGGUCGCAUUCAAUUCCAGUCCCUCACUUCUCAAGCCGAAAAGCAGCAGUCAUCGCCUGCACUCGGUGGAUUGGGACCACACUGUUCUCCGAAGUCAAUGUAUCGGCUUGCGGACAAGCUGGGCCUCCAUGAUCUCCAAGAGCUCGCUCUGCAAACGAUCUCGGCGGGCAUUUCACGGGAAAACAUUAUCGAGGAAGUGUUUUCGUCGUUCACGUCCAUGUAUCCCGCGAUACAAGAACUCCAAACAGAUUUCCUUGUCAAAAACUUUCCUACACCUUCGGACGGUUUGGUGGAGAUCACACAGCAGAUCUGUGACGGAGAAAAGCCAUAUUGCGCAGGAACAUUGAAGAUGGUCCUCGAGAAGUUGGCCAAGCGUUGA